CUGUCGAUUGGUAUAUUUUUUAUUCAUUUUUGUGAUUAUGUAUGAUAAAUUGAACAAUUAUCAGAAGAGAUAUUGAGUGAUACAACAAUAUUAAAGACUGAUAAUAACACAGAUAGCAAUAUGACUACAAUGAGAUAUUGUCCACCAAAUAUAACUUUUGACAAUAUCUGGAUAGACCAUGGCGUGUCUAAAUGUUUCAUGCAUACAAUCUGUACUAGUAUAAUUUUUUUAUAUUUAAUUAUAUUUGGAUCGAUCCAACUUUGGAUAUAUCGCAAAUAUGGAACUGAAACUGAUGAGAAUACAUUACCAAGAAGCAAACUAUAUAAAUUACAAAAGUUUGUAUUAUAUCUUGUUCCCAUUUUAAGUAUAAUCAGAAUAAUUUUACAAGCUACAGUCUUGGAUGAUGGAAAAGUCUACGGAUAUAUGAUAUUAACAACAGUAUUGACAGUAAUUGUUUAUCCAUACUCAAUUUAUAUAUUGAAAGUUGAAAGACAUAAAUUGUUGCCAAGUGUGCCACCACAUGGACAUGGAUUAGUGUUACUAGGUUUUUGGACAUUAGCAUUUGUUGCUGAAAAUCUUGUUUUGAUUAAUAUUGGAAAGCUUGAAUGGUGGUUCCAUUUGAAUUCCUUAACAGAUCAAAUUGAAAUGGCUCUAUUUAUUUUGCGAUAUGUUAGUAACUUGUUGAUUUUUGCUCUUGGUUUACGAGCGCCUGGCAUUGCCAACAAUUUUGAUUCUGAUUAUCGUGUGCUUAAUGAUGAUACAGUCAUACGAUCACGAUAUUAUCAACAAAGAAGAUCAGAUAAUACUUCUACAUGGAGAAAUUUAUGGUACAAAAUUAAAAUUUUAGCGCCGUUUUUAUGGCCAAAGUCAGAUUAUUUACUUCAGUUAAGAGUAAUAUUUUGCUUCGUAUUGCUACUAUUUGGACGUCUGAUAAAUCUUUAUGUACCAAUUUAUAAUAAAAAAAUUGUAGACAGUGUUGCAAUUGUUCCUGUGGAAUUUAGGUGGGAUAUAGUAUUGAUAUAUGUAACAUUUAAAUUUCUACAAGGUGGUGGUACUGGAAGUAUGGGUUUGUUGAAUAAUUUAAGGUCCUUUCUGUGGAUUCGUAUUCAACAAUAUACUACUCGUGAAGUGGAGUUAGAAUUAUUCAGACAUUUACAUGGAUUGAGCUUGCGCUGGCAUCUUGGAAGGAAAACUGGUGAAGUUUUAAGAAUUAUGGAUCGUGGCACAGACUCAAUCAAUAAUUUGCUCAAUUAUAUUCUUUUUUCAAUUCUCCCAACUAUUAUUGAUAUUAUUGUAGCCGUUUUGUUUUUCAUCAGUGCAUUUAAUAAAUGGUUUGGCCUCAUCGUUUUCGUAACUAUGGUUCUUUAUAUUGCUGCCACAAUUGUGGUUACGGAAUGGCGUACAAAAUUCCAAAGACGUAUGAAUUUGGCUGACAAUGCACAGAAAGCACGCAGCGUUGAUAGCUUAUUGAAUUUUGAAACAGUGAAAUAUUAUGGUGCUGAAACAUACGAAGUGGAAAGCUAUAGAAAAGCAAUUUUAGAUUUUCAAAUACAAGAAUGGAAAUCAAUGAUUACGUUGAAUAUCUUAAAUAUUUUGCAAAAUAUAAUUGUCUCUGGUGGAUUAUUACUUGGAUCGUUAUUAUGUUUACAUAUGGUUGUCUUCCAUCAAGAUUUAACAAUUGGCGACUAUGUCUUGUUCGCUAGUUAUAUAGUACAACUUUAUGUACCGUUAAAUUGGUUUGGUACAUAUUACAGAGCCAUUCAAAAAAAUUUCGUUGAUAUGGAAAAUAUGUUUGAAUUACUUCGGGAAGAGCAAGAGAUAAUAGAUGCACCAGGAGCUAAAUUAUUGGAUGUCAAACGUGGACAAGUGGAAUUCUCAAAUGUAUCGUUUGGCUAUAGUUCUGAGAAACUCGUGCUUAGAAAUAUCAGCUUUAUUGUACCUCCGGGAAAAACAAUGGCGCUAGUUGGUCCCUCUGGUGCUGGAAAGAGUACCAUAAUACGAUUACUAUUUCGUUUUUAUGAUGUAGAACAAGGCGCGGUUUUAAUUGAUGGACAGAAUGUAAAGACUGUUAAACAGGAGUCUCUCAGAAGUAACAUAGGCGUUGUUCCACAAGACACAGUUUUAUUUAAUAAUACUAUAAGAUAUAAUAUUCAAUAUGGUCGUAUUGAUGCUCCAGAAGCAGAUAUAAUUGCUGCUGCAAAAUAUGCAGAUAUCCAUGAGAGGAUUCUUACAUUUCCAAACGGUUACGAAACACAGGUUGGCGAAAGAGGUCUUCGGCUAAGCGGUGGUGAGAAACAACGUGUCGCAAUUGCACGCACAAUAUUAAAAGCGCCAAAGAUAGUAUUACUUGAUGAAGCUACAAGCGCUUUGGAUACGCAGGCGGAGCGUAAUAUACAAGCAGCAUUAAACAGAGUAUGCGCUGGACGAACUACUAUCAUUGUAGCUCAUAGAUUAUCCACAAUAAUUCAUGCGGAUGAAAUUCUCGUCUUAAAAGAUGGUGAAAUCAUUGAAAGAGGCAAACACGAAGAACUGAUUUCACAUAGUACUACUUAUCAUGCAAUGUGGCAAGCGCAGCUUCAAAAUAAUCAAAAAAAUAGCGAGAAUGAAAAAAAUUCUGUCCAUGAAAGUGAUACCUCAAUUAAUAACAAAGAUGAAUAAUAGAAUUUUAUAUAUAUAUGUGUAAUCACACACACACACACACACACACACACACACACA